AUGCUAACAGGCGGUCAUUUAGGCUUGAGGGCCUCCAGCCCCCCAUCCCCGCGCGUAGGGGGGCCCCCUGGGGGCCCCUCUCAGGUGUCUGGCGAAGGAGAUGGGGGGCCCCCUAGGGCCUCCUCAAAGGAAGCUUUGGGCUUAGAAGUAGGGGGCGCGUGCUGGCCGUGCACGCCGCAGCAGCUGCUUCCUGCUGCAGCUCUGGGGGGCCCCCCUCCUGUGUGUGUUGCUGCAGGGGGGCCCCCCUCUCCUCAGUGGGCCCCUGUCUCUACCCCUGCUGCUGAACUAGGGUCUGACCAGCGUCUGUCUCUUCUCAGCACUGCGAGCGAAAGCACUGCAGCGCCGCUGGCGAGGGGGCCCCCCCCUAGCUCACCAGAGGGGCCCUUGGGGGCCCCACCAGCGAGGCCCCCGACUGAGAGCCAGGACCCAUCAUCACGCGAAACCCCAAGGUCUAGUGCUGCAGGGGCCCCUGUCUUUUCUUCUAGUGGAAUGGCUUGCGAGCAGGGCAGUGCCUCGCAGCAGCAGCAGCAGCAGCAACAGCAACAACAGCAGCAACAACCGCAGCCGCCGCAGCAGCAGCAGCAGCUCGCGCUGAUGCCCCACGACCCACCUCAGCAGGGGCAAGAGCAGCAGCAUCAGCCACAGCAGCAGCCGCCACACCAGCAGCCACACCAGCAGCAGCAGCAGCAGCAGCAGCACCUAUCGCGCUUGUUCAUUGAGACUGAACACAACGGGCACCAGCAAGAGGGCCCCACAGACAGAGGUCUGCUGCUGCAGCAGGGGCGUCCCUUUUGCUUUGAGGAGACGGCCGGCGCAUACAGAGCGACCCCGCAGCAGCAGCUGCAGCAGCAGUUGCAGCACCAACUGAAUCAACACCAACAGCAGCAGCAGCAGCAGCUCUUUCCCCCUCACAGUGGCCUCGCACUGCCUGCCCUUCAGCAGCGACUGUGCAAGAAUGCUGCAGGAAGUGACAACGCCUUCUUGGGGCCGGAGGGGGAGAUGACGCCGCCGCCGGUGCAGCAGCAACAGCAACAACAACAGCAGCAACAGCAACAGCAGUUGCAGUUCUCCAGCGAUUCAGUGGUAGAUGCCUUGCUGUCGCUGUUGCAGCAGCGCCAGGCGCAACAGCACCACGACCCACAGCAGCAGCAGCAACAGCAGCAGACGCAACAGCAGCAGACGCAGCAGCCGCAGCACGAGCAGCAGCAGCAGCAGCUUGCCCUUUCGCAUUCAUCGGGCGUCUGGCAGGGCCUCACGCAGCAACACGGGUGCGGAGAGGGUGCUGAUGAGACAGGGGAUUCUCCGUUGUUGCUUUUGAAGCAGCAACAGCAGCAGCAGCAGGAACAACAGCAGCAGCAGCAACUCCUACAGCAGCAACACGAAACGGAGGGCGGCCAGCCACAGGCCAUGAUGCAGCUGCUGCAGCAGAUGAGCGGCUGCGGGGCAGCGGCUCACGUGGCUCUUGCACUGCAGCAGCAGCAGCAACAACAACAACAACAGCAGCGGCAGCAGGAGGCGAACAUUAAGCGUAUGGCCGAGAGCCUUGGGCUGUUGGAGCUCGGCGAUUUGGGCAGCAGCAGCAGCAGCAGCAGCAACUCGGCAGGUGGAGUGCCUCUAAAGGGGUCUCCCUCAGGAGGAGCUUUGAGUCAGCCUCCACCGCAUGCCUCGCAACAGCAACAGCAGCAGCGGCAGCGGCAGCAGCAGCAGCAGCAGCAGGCGCAUGCGGAGAAGGAGCAGCAACUGAUGCUGCUGCGACCGUGCCCAAGACGCGGCAGCGAAGCCUCUGGAGAAACCCGCGGUAGCAAUGGAGGCCGCCAGCGCCGUAGGAGAGAGAAGAGGAAGGAGGGGCGGUACUCUGUACCGGCAGCAGCAGGAGAUAUGGCUUUAGGGUUUAGAGUUUAUGAGGCUGUGUGUGGUUUUUGUGACAAGUUCGAGGGAGCGGCGCUGUCGCCCAACUGCAGUUUGCUGCUGGAGGAAUGCAGAAAUAAUGCUAGAGACCUCACACCCCAAGAACUCAGUUCAGUCCUUCUGGACUUCUCCACAAAUGCUCUGGGGUCUAGAAUUAUUGUUCACCUGUUAGACAACAGCACAGAUGAAGCGAGGAGGCUGAUGCUGACGCAGCUGCUGCCGCACAUCCGCAGCCUCGCUGCGGACAUGGCGGGCAACUUCAUCGUGCAGAAGCUACUCGAUAUCUGCCCCCCUGAAGAGAAGAAGAUGCUGCAUGGCCAGAUGCUGAAGGACGUGCUACGACUGUCUCUGCGCACUUAUGGGUGCCGCGUUAUCCAGAAAGCUCUUGACGUCCUGGAUGACGAAGAGAGAGUGGAGGUGGCUAGAGAGCUUGAAGGCAAUGUUCUGACGUGCAUAGGAGACCAAAACGGCAACCACGUAAUCCAGAAGUGUAUUGAGAGACUGCCCAAGGGAGGGGCCCAGUUUAUCCUGGACGCCAUAGCUGGACAGGAGGCGGCUCUGGCCUCGCAUUGCUACGGCUGUCGUAUUAUUCAGAGACUGGCGGAGGCCUGCGAUGUAGAGCAAAUUACACCUGUGCUAGACGCAGUCAUGGCCUCCCUGCCUUCUCUAGCCGAGGACCAGUUCGGCAACUAUGUAAUUCAACACCUCCUCGAAUACGGCAGGGAGAAAGACAAACAGGAGAUUCUGGAGCUGCUAAAGGGGAACCUCUCUAAGCUGGCGACACAGAAAUACGCGUGCAACGUCGUUGAAAGGGCCUUAAGCCUUAACACCCUCGGCAGGGCCCAGGCGGAGUUGAUUGCUGUUGCUCUCAAGCCGGACCCCCAGAAAGGAGCACCCGUUACGGCUUUGAUGCUGGACCGUUACGGCAACUACGUCGUCCAGCGAAUGGUAGAAGUUGCCGAGGGGCAGCAGCGCAUACAACUCUUCCACCGUCUUCUAGAGCAGCUGCCGCUUCUCCGCAGCUGCACGUACGGCAAACACAUUGUAGCGGCUUUGGAUCGUAUGGAUAUCAGCGGCAGCUGCGCAAAUGAAGCAGCAGGAGCUGCUGCUGCAAACGGCGCAGCGCCCGUGCUGCCGUUGAGGCGCCGCGGGUCGACACUGCAGCCGCAGCAGCAGCAGCAGCAACAGCAGCAGCAAACAGGGCUUGCUUCUUCUCCCGCAGGUCGGCGCAGGACUGUGCCCCAAGACCAGCGCAGUCAGCGCCAGGGGAGGAAGCAGCAAAACUCCUCCCCCAGAACAUCAACCCGGCCAAAGGCAGCGAAAAGUGAGGGGGGAGCACAAGAUAUAUUGGGUGGGUUGGUGGACCGCAGCCUUCCCAGGGAUGGGCGCGGCUCAAGAAAGCCCUCAGGAGCGCAGCGCAGUCUUUCUAUUACAGCUGCAGGAGGCUUAACUCUGCAGCAGCAACAACAACAGCAACAGCAGCAACAGCAGCAGCAGCUGCUGAUGAUGUUGCUGGAAGGGAGGCGGGAUUGUAUGCCUUCCACCCAAGCAGCGGAGACUGGCCAAGGCCAGGAACCUUUCAGUAUACGGCCUAAAGGCGUCUCUUCUAUGGCAACUGCUGCUGCGAAGCUGUUGUUAACAGACAUCCCGCAGCAGGCGCAUGCAGCAGUGCAGAAUGCAGGUGGUGUGGAUGGUUUGGGGCUGUUGGCUGAUCUGCCUUGCAGCCCUACACUUAUGGGGUUCAAGAACCCGCGACUUCCUGCUGCUUCAGUGGCCGAUUCGUUUGUCUUUGGAGGCGUCAACAGUAGCGGAGGUGCGGGAUCACCCCCCAGACACCAAGCCUUGUCCAACCUGCUAGGAAUAUGGGGUGCACAGCAGCAGCAGCAGCAGGUGCAGCAGCAGCAGCAGCAGCAGCCUUCCCUGUGCAGCAGUGGAGACGCCGGCGCCCCCGAACUGUUCGAGGGACCCGUAGGCGAACAAACAGGCAGCCCUGCUGGCAGGCGAGAUGACUGGAAGUGGGGACAGACUCCUUUGUUCUUUCACCAGCCGACCCCCCCUUCUUGGUAG